AUGCCAGGGCUCAUCAAUCGGACCACCAACACCGCGCUCCCGCUCGCCGCCUCGGAGGUCACCUCUUGUGUCAGUGGCUACGCGUUCGGGAUGACUGCCUCUCUUGCCUACAGCAACUCGGAGGAGCACCCUUUCGAAGGCCUCUUCAUCUAUCCACUGGAUGAGUACACGACCGUCGUGGGCUUUGAAGCUGUAAUCUCUGAGCGAAUCGUGACUGUGCAAAUCAAGGACAAAGCCCGAAUAGAUGACUGCUACUUCGACUGCUGUGGGCUUCCCAGCGGAAGAGCGCCGGAUGGAGGACGCAUCAUGCUGGAUGAGGAUCUGGAGAGGAUUGUCUUUGUGGCCAAUGUGGGCAUAGUUCCCCCGCAGGAAAGGGUCUCCAUCUGCAUCAGCACCUCCUCAGAGUUGCAGACCCUGCCCAGUGGCGCGGUGAAGGUCUGCCUUCCGGCGGUGUGUGUCCCGAAGGUCCCCCAGAACAGUGCUGAAGCCGCCACCAGCCUCCUGGGCCAGCACCUCCGCUUCAGAGACCAGCACUCUUGUGGGGCGGCUGUUCUGGACCCAGCAGGAAAAUUCUGUCUGGCCCAUCUCCUGGAGACGGAGGCGGUGAACCCGACUGAGUACGAGUUCAGCUUCUACCUGGAGAUUAGAGGGCCGUGCCUACUCGCAGGGGUCGAAAGCCCGACGCACGAGAUCCGAGCAGAUGCUGACCCGUCGGCCAGGUCGGCCAAGAGCAUCGUCAUCACCCUGGCCAACAAGCACACCUUUGACCGCCCCGUGGAGAUCUUGAUCCACCCGAGCGAGCCGCACAUGCCUCACGUCUUGAUGGAAGAAGGCGACAUGUCCCCUGCCGAGUAUGAGCAACACCUGAAGGGGCGAAAUGACUUCAUCAAAGGGAUGAAGAAGGAUCCCAGUGCAGACAAAAAGACAGAAAUUAUCAGGAAGCGCCUCCACAAGGACAUCCCUCACCACCCCGUGGUCAUGCUGAACUUCUGUCCAGACCUGCGGACCUCCCAGCCCAAGCUCAGGAGCAGUCAAGGAGAGUUCAUCUUCCUUGUCGAUCGCAGUGGGAGCAUGAGUGGAGCGAACAUCAGCCGGGUCAAGGAUGCCUUGUCGGUCAUUCUGAAGAGUCUUAUGCCAGCCUGUCUGUUCAACAUCAUCGGAUUUGGAUCGACAUUUAAGGCGCUGUUUCCUUCCAGCCAGGCCUACUGUGAGGAGAAUUUGGCCUUUGCAUGUGAGAGUAUCAAGAAGAUCCGGUCUGACAUGGGUGCUACCAACAUCUUAUCUCCUCUGAAAUGGAUCAUCCGGCAGCCCAUCCACCGAGGCCACCCCCGGCUGCUUUUCCUGCUGACCGACGGUGCUGUCAGCAACACCGGGAAAGUCCUGGAGCUUGUACGGAAUCACUCGUUCUCCACCAGGUGCUUCACUUUUGGCAUCGGGCAGAACGCCUGCCGAAGGCUGGUGCAGGGCCUGGCUGCGGUGUCCAAAGGAAGUGCGGAAUUUCUGGUCGAGGGGGAGAGGUUGCAGCCGAAGAUGAUAAAGUCUCUGAAGAAGGCACUGGCCCCUGUCGUCAGCGACGUCUCAGUUGACUGGGUCUUCCCCGAGACGACGGAAGUGCUCAUCUCCCCCGUCAGCGCCAGCUGCCUCUUCCCGGGGGACCGGCUGGUCGGCUACAGCAUUGUCUGCGACUCGUCCCUGUACGUGUCCAACCCCAGGCUGGACAAGAGGCGGCGGUACAGCAUGCUGCAUUCGCAGGGGUCUGGGGGCUCGGUCUUCUUCCACUCCCAAGAAGAAGGUGCGGCCUCGGACGGCUGGGGCUCCACCAAGGACCCAGAGAGCGGCUUCCCCUCUGAAAGAAGUCCCGGACUGCUCAGCACUGCUGGAGACGUAGGAAGCGAGUCCGACGUGGACUGCGGGGUGGAUGUGGCAGCUGCCACGCGGAGGAGGGCAUACAGCACCAAUCAGAUAGCCGACCACGAGCCCUUCCAGAAGGUGCCCACGGCCAGCGACCCCAGCUCUGCCCUGGUGAAGAACCCUCUCCGGAAAGCCCAGGUUCAAGAUCUCAGCCAGAUCAGCCCCGAACCUCAGACCUGGCAGGCCGAGUUCCAGUCUUCCCAGGCGUUCACUGCCGGCUCACACUUCUCUGCCACAAGAAUACGAGGAGUCGGGGCAAGGCGGCCGUCCCUGCUGCAGCAGGGUCACCUCUCCCUCUGCCACAACCCGGACCCGGCACGGCGACACAGUGGCACUGGGCAGACUGCAGCAGAGAAGAGCGCCGGCCAGCUCGAGACCAACUCUUUCCUGGGAUCUUUUUUUCCCGACAGCCGAAGCCCUGGAGAUCCCGAUUCUGCCCACCAUCCUUCCUUCAACUUUGAAACCGAGACUUUGUCUGACUGGGAACCACCUGGUCUGGAUCUUGGCGCAGCUGCCAGUAGCUCACAGCGCUCUGCAAGGUCCAUCUGUAAGGCCGUCGUGAAAGGUCUACGGAACAACAAACCGGUCCAGUGGGAGAUCGCUUUUGACCUCGGGCCGCUCUUCCAGGCCAGAGAGAGCCAGAGGGAUGAGGAAGGGGAGGAUCUCUGGAGCGAAACCUUCCACCACCUGGCGGCCAGAUCCAUCAUCCGGGACUUCGAGCAGCUCGCCGAGAGGGAGUGUGAAAUCGAGCACGGGUCUGGCCGACGGUACCACGUCAAUGCCGUGCACACAAGCAAAGCCUGCAAUGUGAUCAGCAAAUACACGGCCCUCCUGCCAGUAGACCUGAGCAAGAACACCUACUUGGCGACUAUUGUUGAAUACCCCAACGCAGGUCCUCCACUGAAGCUUGGCAGCCAACGGAACUGGGGCUCAGAAAGCAGGAGGCAUCGUGGGUCCCCUCCGGGCCAGGGCCGCUCCCCGUCAGCCUGCAACCCAGACAGAGCUGAGGACGGGCCCCACAACCCAAAUGCAGCAGAGAGCAGUCUCUCCCCGUGCAGCACACCGUCUUCCUCAGGAUGGGAUCGCUACACUUUUCCAGAUGUACCACUGCGGAGUCCAUCCGUUUCAUCACAGAAAUCCACUGAGAGCUUUUUUGGUGCCAGGCUGACCUUUAACAAGACGAGACUGCUCACCCGAGCUGCCCGCGGCUUCAUGAGCAAGGCGCCCAUCAGGACCAGCGAGUCAAAUCUGGAUGGCGAGAACAAGAACGCCGACUACCUCCCACUUGUGGCUCUCCAGCUGGCGUGCGGCUCCUUCCUUCUGAACCAGGCUUUCAGCGAGGCCAUCAACAUCCCCCUGGAGAAGCUCAAGCGGACGUCGCCUUUCGCCUGCCAUCGGAUGGCCCUCAGCCCCUCGGCCAGCGCCUGGAAGGCAGGCCUCUCGGGAGAAGCCAAGAACUCCAGGGCACGUCAACCCCCAGGAGAAAACGCAAGCGCCUUGGCCAGCCACGAGGUGGGCGGUGUGGUGGGAGAGACCCGCCACUUCCCUGGCAGCACGGCGGAAAGCCACCCGCAAGCCCCGACGGCCAAGAACAAGCCUUCUCCUCCAGCGAUCACCAUCCAGCGCUUCUCCUCCCCGGAGAACGCGCUGUCGCCUCAGGAAUCCCAGGCCGACAGUGGAAGGGGAUCCGAGUCCGACAGCUCGGAACUGCAGUCUUGGCUGGCCGACGUCAGCCUCCAGCGGCAGACCGAGCCGGAGGGGACGCUCUGGGCCACGGCCGUGGCCCUGGCCUGGCUUGAGCACAGCUCGGCCUCCUACUUCAUCGAGUGGGAGCUGGUGGCGGCCAAGGCCAGCCUGUGGCUGAGCGAGCAAGAGUUCCCCGAAGGCCGAAGCCUGCCCGUGCUGAAGGCGGCGGCUCAGCAGCUCUUCGUCCUGCUCAGGCACUGGGACGAAAACCUGGAGUUCAACCUGCUCUGCUACAACCCGGGCAAUGUGUAG